GUGCUCCACUUCAAGUUAGAGAAGGGAUGAACAAUUGUAUCUGGCUUUCCAUAAGUAUCGGAUAUCUCUCUGUUGCUUGUGUAACGUUUGCAGCAAGCAACAAGCCCAGUUGGCUACAAAUUUGCUUAUGCCACUAUUUUUUGUCUACCUGUUUUCUUUAUUCUAGGCUGCUGGCAUGCAGUCAACUUUUAGCACAAACUAAUGAUCAUCUACCAAAUGAUAUCUUCAAUUUGAGGAAAAGGUAGAUCAUGGUGCAUUAUCAGGAUUCUUCCGUAACGAUAUUGAUAAGCUGAAGUUUUUAGCUAGCUAACGUUAAUUGUGAUGCUUUAGAUUGUGUGAGAUUUAGUUCAACAUGUCAAGCAGCCGUUAAUGCCCACCAAAAUUUAUGGAUAUCUUGAUUUUACAGUACGAAAUAGGGGAUUUACUUAUCCUGCAGGCAAAGCAGCAUUUAAUUUCUUGGAAAACAAUUAAUAGGACUGAAGAAAUUCUGUCGAGGAAUUAAAUAGAUGCUAUUUCCUAUUUUUCCCCUGUGUACUCUUUUGCUCAAGGAGUUUGAAGUUUUCUAGCAGCUUUCAUAAUGGGGCUGCUAGAUUUAUCCUUGGUUGCUUCCAUACCUGUUGUGAAGGUGCUCUUGAUUUGUGCACUUGGCUCAUUUCUUGCUUUGGAUCAUAUAGACAUCUUGGGAGACAGUGCCAGGAAGGAGCUGAAUAAUAUGGUGUUUUUUGUAUUCAACCCAGCGCUUGUCUCUAGCAAUCUGGCUCAAACAAUUACCUCGGAGAACAUCAUAUCGUUGUGGUUCAUGCCGCUGAACAUCUUGCUGACUUACAUUGUUGGCUCAUUUCUUGGAUGGGAAAUUAACAAAAUCACUAAAUCUCCUCAACAUUUGAAAGGCCUUGUAAUGGGUUUAUGUGCAGCAGGAAACUUGGGGAGUCUGCCUUUUGUUCUCGUCCCAGCAAUAUGCCGUGAAAAGGGUAGUCCAUUUGGAGCACCAGAUAGCUGCCAUAAGUAUGCGAUGGCUUAUGUUUCUCUUUCUAUGGCGAUAGGAGCCAUUUAUCUGUGGUCUAUUGUUUACAACACUGUUCGCGUAUCAUCAACUAUGAUCAAUGAAGUUAUAAAUGUGAACAAUGCAAAUUUUGAUGAAGAAACCUCAAAGGCCCUUCAAGAGCAGAUAAACUCUGAGUUUGACUCAGAAUGCACAUCUGCUACGGACCAUGCAAAUGAAUCUUCGCUACCAUGCGCUAAAACUGACAAGCAAGGAAAGGUUUUGAUCCUGGACACAAUUAAGAAGCAAUUAUAUUCGUUUUUCAGAAGCAGUAAUCUGAAGGCCAUUAUUGCACCUUCAACGACUGCAGCGAUUGUUGGCUUCAUCAUCGGAUUAGUGCCCCCAGUACAAAAGUUACUCGUUGGCGCCGACGCUCCACUUCAUGUAAUCCAGGAUUCUGCUUUAUUGCUGGGUUGCAGAGAAGCAGCAGUUCCCAUCAUCAUACUGACAGUGGGGGGAAACCUCCUUAAAGGUCUAAGAGGACCAGGCGUCCAGCUUUCCCUCAUUCUUGGGAUCAUUGCUGUUCGAUCUGUUGUCCUGCCUCUGAUCGGAGUUUUGGUUAUUAAAGGGGCAAUUCAUCUGGGCUUCGUGCAUGCAGAUCCAUUGUAUCAGUUUAUUCUUCUACUACAGUAUGCUCUUCCACCCGCUAUCAAUAUAGGUACAUUCAUUUUUCUCCACCCCGCCCACAACCAAAAGAAAAGAUCAAAACAAAUCAUGUGCACUGGUCUUUAGGUUUUGUGGCUUGCAAAUUGAAAUUGGAGUGGUGAUAAAUACUUUUUGAGGUUAAACGCGCUGCUAAAUCCGUUAAAUCUUUAUCCUCAGUUGCGCUUUAUCACCCUUAAACUCAUUAUAUAGGCAUUUUAUUCCCUUGUUUGAUAUUUUAAGGAAAAAAAAAUCUCCAUUCUAUAUUAAUUAUUUCUGACAUAAUCAAAUUUGUUUAGACAAGUUUCGACGUUUUUGCUGCUGACAACAUUGUCCAGCUGCGAUUCAAAUCUCAUGCAUUUUAGUUCCUUGUACCCUUACAUGCAUUUCCUAGUUUGUAUCUCAGACAGGGCAAAAAAAAAAAGGUGUAAAGCCCUUCUAACAAAUUCACCAAUGUACAGUUCAUAUUUCUCACUUGGCAGGCACAAUUACACAAAUAUUUGGAUCAGGGCAGUCAGAAUGUGCUGUAAUUUUGCUCUGGACAUACUCCGUU